UUGAUCACUCAGCUUUGAGGUCGCCAUGUCGCGCCAUGUUAGUUGCGUUGUAUAUUAUAGUGUCUCGAUAUUCUUUCUCACUGCUAAAUGUGGAUAGAUGCGUCAUCAUUUAUUGCAAAGAGGCCUCGCGAAUGAGUGAUUCAGCCUGAGCUACGUCAGGUGUCGUCUAGCAACAGCGGGGAUUCCCCCAAUCAGACAUUCAGUCCUUGUCGACUCCAAGAGCCGGAAGACCACAGUCAGUUGAGGUUUUUUGCAGGUCAUCCUUGAAGUGUAUAUCUGUUUGAUCGCGAGCGGCCAUGGCAAAUCCAAAGUGCUCGAAGGAGGACCUGGAAGCCAUCACUGGAAGGAACUGGACCGAACAGCACUUGUGGGUCCGGCCCGAUCAUUAUAAUGAAGUCCAUCCAAACAUUUUCAUUGCAACGGGGCGAAUAGCCAAGGAUCGCGAAACCCUUAAGAAACUCGGCAUCACCCAUGUACUAAACGCCGCCCAAGGACCGGAACCAUUUUUCGUCAAAACUGAUGCUGAUUAUUACGAGCCGUUUGGGAUCACAUUCAAGGGCUUUGCCGGGGAAGAUGCAGAGAAAUACAACAUCAGCCAGCAUUUUGAUGAGGCAGCGGAAUACAUACAGGGAGCGCUAGAUGCAGGAGGCAAGGUGUUGGUCCAUUGCAUCAUGGGAAUCAGUCGGGCCCCGACCCUCGUUAUCGCCUACCUCAUGAAGAGAUGCGGGAUGACCGCCCAGGAAGCCAUGAAGACAGUCAGGGAGAAGAGGGACAUCUGUCCCAAUGAGGGAUUUUUACAGCAGCUUUGCGACCUCAAUGAGACAUUGUCCGUGUAGGGGCUAACUGUUGACUAACCGGAGUUUUAGAUCAGGACUCUCUGAUGAUAUCAGAUUUAGUUAGCUGCCUUGGGAUUGUGAAUGCUUGGCCGGGGACGGUGCGUGGUGUCAUAGCAGUCGUGAUUGUGGACAAGGGACUGUGCUGUCGCAGUAACAACCUGUGAUUGUGAACUAAGACUGGUUGUGAACAGUGAUUGUGCCGUCUAUCUACUGGGACUGGUUGUGACAUUAUC